CCCCAGACUCUCAUGGAUCCAUCGUCUCCAGCAGUCCUGUCCAGCUAGCUGAUGCCAUGGUUGACCAAAACUGGCGAUAACCUAGAAAACGCCGGCCCGUCAAGCAUUCCAAGGUCCGUCCUUACAGUCAGAUCUGCAGCGCGGCGCAUUACAAUAUUUAAGCACUCUCUAUCGAUCGAUCACAUAGCCUAACAGUCACAGACAUAGACACCAACCCAUCCCGCCCAGCUCAAGAUGGCGCAGCUCCUCCUCCUCCUCGCCGUCUCGGCGCUCACCCUCCUCUCGCCACGCACGGCGGCAGCACCGACGUCGACAACGCCCGGCGGCAAGCCCCUGGUGACAGCCAUCACCAGGGACGCGGCCACCAAGCUGUACACGGCGCCGCUCAAGGACGCUCUGCCACUGGUCCUGGACCUCUCCGGCACGCUCCUCUGGUCCACGUGCGCCGCGGCGCACCCGAGCUACGAGUGCCACCACGCGGCGUGCGCGCACGCGCACGCGCACCACCCGCCGGGCUGCCCGCGCACGGGCCACGGCGUGGCCGACGAGGACGACCCGUUCCGCUGCAGGUGUAGGGCGCACCCUUACAACCCGUUCGCGCGCCGGGCAGCGUCCGGGGACCUCACGCGGGCGCGCGUCACGGCCAACGCCACCGACGGCGCCAACCCGCUCGCGCCCGUCUCCUUCACCGCCGUCGCGGCGUGCGCGCCGCCGACACUGCUCGCUGGUCUCCCCGCGGGCGCCGUCGGCGUCGCCGGCCUCGCGCGCUCAUGGCUCGCCCUGCCGGCGCAGGUCGCUCGCAAGCAGAAGGUCGCUAGGAAGUUCGCGCUCUGCCUCCCCGGCGCCGGCAACGGCCAGGGAGUGGCGAUCUUCGGCGGGGGCCCGCUGUUCCUGCUCCCGCCGGGAAGGCCCGACGUCACGGCGUCGCUGGCGGGCACCACGCCGCUCCGCGGGAAACCCCGGGUCCCUGGGUACUUCGUCUCGGCCAAGGGCAUCGCCGUGAACCAGGCGCAGGUGCAGGUGCAGCAGCUGGGGCCGCUUGUCGUCGCGCUGUGCUCGCGCAUCCCCUACACGGUGCUCCGGCCGGACGUGUACGCGCCGUUCGUGAGGGCGUUCGACGCGGCCACGGCCGGGAGGAAGCGGGUGACCCCGCCGACGCCGCCGUUCGAGCUGUGCUACGACUCGCGGGAGCUCGGGUCGACGCGCCUCGGCUACGCCGUGCCGCAGGUGGACCUGAUGCUGGAGAGCGGCGCCAACUGGACGGUGUUCGGCGGCAACUCCAUGGUGCAGGUCAGCGACGACACCGCGUGCUUCGCGUUCCUCGAGAUGAAGGAGGAGAAGCAUGAGGGAGGGCACGGCUACGGCCACGGCGGUGGGGCGGGGACGGCGCCGGCGGUGAUCAUCGGAGGGUUCCAGAUGGAGAACAACCUGCUGGUGUUCGAUGAGGAGAAGAGGCAGCUCGGCUUCAGUGGCUUGCUCUUCGGCAGGCAGACGACGUGCAGUAACUUCAACUUCACUCUCGCUGGCUAGGGUGAACUUGUUACAAGGCCUUAGCGCAAAAUAUCAAAGAGACAUCUCCUUGUACUGUUUAUAGAGAGUUGUCAGCUACAGCAGUUGAACUCGUAGCAUCACGUAGCUGGGGAUGACCUGCAAUAUGUCUGUUACAUCGCGUGGAGUAAUAGCCGAAGUAAAUAAGCUACGAAGAACAGCGGUGCUCGUCACUGGGAAAAAAUUAAACCUUAUGAAUUCGAUCUCAAGUUCAGCUAGUAUAUGGCAAUGGCAAAUGAGCUCUACCAAGCAUAUAUGUAUGUAAUUUCAAGACAUCUGGGAAUUGACAGUUUGUAUGUGAGAUACGUAUGCCAAGCUUCAAGUAGGCCUUACAGGAAACUCCUCGUCAGGAUUAGCCACAUAGCACAUGGAUGCAAAAUGUUCAUUAUCUCCUCAGUACAUACAAAAUUUUUGAAAACUUCCUUGUGGCAAUGCCGAGAACUAAAGGGCACUAUAACAUAACAACUCAGCAAACUCGCAUAUCAAUUUCCAGUUGCUUAUUAGAAAUUUAAAAAUGAACAA